UCCGGGCAUAAACCUGUGUGGCAGGACUCGAAGCAGCCAUAUUUAUUAAGGGAAAGGGACCCGAAGAAAGCUGACAACUUUUCCUCCGGUCGCCGCCCGAUGCGAGUCACUUGAGCGGCUCGGGGUUAUGGCGGCUUUUGCGCCGAUGCCGCAGGCGACUGGUAUUCCAGCUGAAAAUAGAUGCAAUUACUAUGUGGAAAAGAAGAAGCGGUUCUGCAGGAUGGUGGUGGCUGCGGGGAAAAAGGUUUGUGGUGCAGCUGGCGCGGCGGAGGAAGAAAAUUCUCGGAAAAGAAUCCUGUGUCCUUUAGAUCCAAAACACACAGUAUAUGAAGAUCAACUGACAAAGCAUUUGAAAAAAUGUAACUCAAGAGAAAAGCCGAAACCUGAUUUCUUUAUUCAGGAUAUUAACGCAGGCUUAAAAGAUGAAACAGAAAUACCCGAACAAUUAGUACCAAUUUCUUCUCUAUCUGAAGAGCAGUUGGAAAACUUAAUUAAGAAGUUGAAAAAAGCCAGUGAAGGUUUCAAUUCGUCACUUAAAGAUUGUGUUAUGUCCCACCCAGCAUUACACGAUGCCCUUAAUGACCCUAAAAAUGGGGAUUCUGCAACCAAGCAUCUGAAACAGCAGGCUUCUAUUUUAGGUAACAUUGAAAAAUUAAAGUUACUUGGUCCAAGAAGAUGCUUUGUUGAGUUUGGAGCGGGAAAGGGAAAAUUAUCUCAUUGGGUUGAUAUUGCCUUAAAAGAUGCUGAAAAAGUUCACUUCAUCCUAGUAGAAAAGGUGACUACAAGAUUCAAGGUAGAUGGUAAACACAGAAAGAAAAAUUCAGUGUUUGAAAGACUUCAAAUUGAUAUUCAACACUUGUGUUUGAAUAAGAUUCCUGUACUAAAAGAAGGAAAACUACCUGUGGUAGGAAUUGGAAAGCAUCUGUGCGGUGUGGCAACAGAUCUUGCAUUACGAUGUUUGAUUGAAACCUAUGCUGCCAAUUGUGAGGAAAGGAAUGAAGAACCUUUAGCCAAACGCGUAAAGAAUGAUAAAACAGACACAGAAAUUAACUCUUUGGCCAAGGAAGGAAAUGAAAAAAAUGUCCCAGAGAAGUGGACCCCUGUGGCUGGCAUUGUUAUUGCACUCUGUUGUCACCACAGGUGUGAUUGGAGACAUUAUGUUGGCAAAGAAUAUUUUAGGGCGUUAGGCCUUGGAGCACUGGAAUUUCACUAUUUCCAGCGAAUGAGUAGUUGGGCAACUUGUGGAAUGCGGAAAACAUCUUUGGAUGCUUCAAAUAUUACCACAAGGAGAAGCGAUCAUCAGAACGAUGAUAGUGAAGAACAUGAAGAUGGAGGAUAUAGGAUCAUAGAUGACAGUGCUACUAGUUUGCCUGGGCUUCUUACUGUUGAAGAAAAGAAGAAAAUAGGACAGCUUUGUAAACUGCUGAUUGACCAAGGCCGAAUCCAGUAUUUACAGCGGAAGGGAUUCAGUCCUGCUUUACAGUACUAUACAGACCCUUUAGUAUCAUUGGAAAAUGUGUUGUUAACUGCUUUACCAAAUCAUUCUUCAUCACCAGAAACAACUGCCUAAUGGAAAAGAAAUGUAAACAUCAUCCAUUUUCCACCAAAAGAAUUUUUUAUUAUAUUUUUAUACUCAUGAAAAUAUAAUUUAGCAGAUAAUAAGAACUUUAAAAAUGCCGUGGCCUCAUUAAACAUUGACAAUAGCUUUGGUCUUUACUUCAGAAAUCCAAACUUUAGAGAAUCCACCAAAUUCCCAAAGUAAUCCUUUCCAGCUAGACAUCUUGAAUUAUGUUAUCCAGUGGUAUUUAUGGAAGUUGGUAAAGUAGUCGAACUGUUGGCUUGGUGAUCUGAAAUACACAUAACAUAUCAACAUGUACUUAGCAUAUUUAUAUUAACUUUCUAUUUACAUUAGUUUUGGAAACUUAUUUUCCUUUGGCUUUAUUUCAUAUUGUCUACUUCCUAAGUUCAAGAUGUCAUGAUCUACUGACAGUUUAUAAUAAGGGCCAAUCAGAAUUUGGCCUACAUGUGGAUUUUUUUCCAUGCAAAUCUGGAAAAGAUAAUCAAUUGUGAUUUUUCUCAUGUACAAACAAAUGCAGAGGUGUUCACAAUCAGUUAAUGAAAUCACAGUCCAAUUUCCAGAGCCAUGCCUACACUUAUAUAUUAUCAGACUUUGUCCAUGACAAACAUCAAAAGAAAUUUUUUCAAGGGAAAAAAAAAUUGUUUCAUUUUUUUUGAUUGAGUAUUAUCUAAUUAGAACUUUCAUAAAGAUCAUAAUUUGUAAUACAUAAUUCACGUAUCAAAUUUGACAUUUACAAAUGACUCCAAAUGACUUCUGAGAUUAUUCAGGUAUCUGAUAGCUUUUACCAGGCCAUGUUUUGCAUAUGUAAGUACAAACAAUGAGAACGUUCUCUCUCAUUUGGGAAAAGCAUUUGGAAUAAAGUGGAAAUGAGAUAAUGAAACCAAAAACAUUCUCACAUUUAGGCCUUAUUUAACUCAUGAGCCAUUUCUAUGCACAAGCAGAUAUUAAAUCAAACAUAUAGGACUGUUCAUCUCUUCCACAUCUGAUUCUUGAUUUGUUUCUGCUUUUAUUUGUAAAAGUUGUCUUAAUCAUUUGCCAAGAUCCAGGACUUUAUUGUAAUGAUAUUCUGAGAUAACUCUUUUUAUCCUAUAAGCCUACAUUACCUUAAUUGUAAACAAGAAGCCUGGCCCAUUUUUAAUUCUUGACCUUUCUACUUUAGUUGAUUCUCAUGUCUUUUCAGACUGCCUAGGUUCAAAUCCUGACCCUACCACCUAUCAGCUAUGUGACUUUGAGCAAGCUAUUUAAUCGCUUUGUGCCUCAAUUUCCUCUUAAAAUGGGGAUAAUGAUAAUACCUACCUCACAAAUUUUUUGUGAGCAUCAAAUGAGAUAACACAGGUAAACUACUUAGAACAGCUCAGAGCACAAAGUCCUCAAGAUAGUAGCAAUAGUAGUAGUAGUUUAUGAAUCUAUUUUAAGAAACAUAAUAGACUUUGAUUUUAUUGUUUAAGUUCUUGUCUAUAUUCUUUUGCUAUAAUUUUAUGUCAAAUAUUAAAAUAAGGUAGUUUAAUUGUUUUUUUAAUUAGUUUUUCAUGCCUCUCAGUCAAGAGAACAUAAAUGAAGAUAAUACAUCAUUCAAUAAUUAAUUUUUAUUGUAUAAGGUAAUGCUAAUUUGUGUCAUAAAAUUUGUUUUGCAUCAGUCAACCAUUUAUGCCCUAAAAUAAAAUAUAUUAAACAAUGGG